AUUUUUUUGAGGUCUUAUCAACUUUUGAGAUAAAAAUUAUCUUUUUUUAGUAAAAUCUUUCAAAGAUGAUGAAAAAAAUACGACAUAAAAUCCGUUUUAUAAUUUAUACAUUAAUAAUAUCAUUCUUAUUAUCAUUAUUAUUUCAAUCAAAAUAUACAAAUUCAUUUGAACUUAAUUCGACAGAUUCAUUCGUUAAUCUAUUUAUGAGUCCUAUAAGACCUCAACCUCCUCCUUUAUUACCAUCAUCACCAUCAUUCUCACUUUCAACUUCUCUUCCAUUAAUAUCGAGUAAUUAUAAUUUUAGUUUUAUGUUAUUUAUAUUAUUAAUCAUUACAUUCACUUCAAUUUGUUUAACACUUAUAAUACGUAAAUUUAUUUAUAAAAACAAAAGAAUUUUAAAUAUUUUUAAACAAGAAAAAUUAAAAGAUGUUGAAUUUGGUAGUUAUUCUUUUGAAGAAUGGGAAUUUGAACGUCAACAAAUUCUUAAUGAAAAGAGAAAAAAGCGAAUAUCAUAUAUGAUACAUAGUCAAUUACCAACUAUUUAUGAAGAACAUGACGUAUUAGUCGUAUAGUCGUAUGGUUCAUAUGAUUCAUAUGGUUCGUAUAUCGUGCGUUCUUAAUAUAGUAAACAAUCUUUAUAAUAUGGAAUAUUGGAAUAAUAAUAAUUGAAUAAUACUGAAUAAUAUUGAAUUAGUAUUAAAUAAUAUUUAAAUAAUAUGAUAAAUUUUUUAAUUUUUUUGAUCAAAUGCAUAAUUUAUGUAAAAAGUAUUUUGUGCGAUGUCAAACACAUGUAAAUAGUAUAUAAACCUUAAUAAUAAAUGUUUAUCAUAUUGUAUUAGAAUGUUCAUCACGUGUAUAUCAUAGUACAUGUGUAUGUGCAAACAAGUUCUCGUAGAUGUAAAUAUAACAAAGUACUCUUUAAAAAUUCCUUUCUUGAUCCCAAAUUUCUAUAUAAUUACGUGCUCCAAUAUAUAUCUUAC